AUGGCAGCUGGCAGCCCAGACUACUUCCCGCCAGCGAGUCUCGGUUGGAUCAUAUACUGCGCCUUAGUUGCGGUGCUGUUCGCCGGCCUGAAGCUGCUGAACCACGGCCUGCAUCACAUGUACGACACCACCGAGUGCAUCAUCGUGCAGCCCCCCAGCGAUCCCAACGCCACUGACAACACUGCUCCCGACGAAGGCAUGGAGAUGCAAAUGCUGAAGUUGGGCGGAGCGCCGGCCACGGGGAGUGACAACGAGUCAGUCACCUCACUCGAGUACCACAAACCUAAUAACAGUACUAUAGAUUUAAAAGUAGAUGUCCACCGAAAGAACAGUUCGGAGUCCAGCAUGGAAGACAGCGCCAUGUCUGCCAAGCAGACGGAAGCUGUGGCCGCCACCAAGUCGGACCUGUGCGUGGCGCAGGCCGCCGACAUGCCCGGCCCUUCCAAAACCCGUCCAGCUACCAGGAGCCGAUCUAAGUCCGGCCACAGGAGGGAACGAACCUCUAAAAGGAGGACGCACGGCACCCGCAUCGACGAACUCAUCGGUGAAGCUUCUAGAAGUAACAGGGUCGAGAAUAACUUGCCCGUUCAUAUGCUAGUCGACGAAGGCCCCUUCGCUAAAGUCAGUAGGCGCUACCACGAGUGCCCGCACCGACGUGGCUCAAGCAAUAAGGACUUUUUCAAAGAGUGGCUUUACCUCGACGGUAGCGAGGCUACCGGGGAACCAUACCAGUCUAAGUUCGCCCGGCAACUGAGCUCCGACUCGAGAGAUAACUCCGAGCCUAGCGUCGGUCCACCGUCCCCUAAGAAGAGGACAGCGCAUCGCCGGAGGUACGCUAACUACCCAGAUGAAAGUUGCACCAAAUCCGCCAUGGCGCUGGCAACCCAGCAGUCGUCCAACAUGCGCAGGAACUCCAACUCCACGAUGUCCACCAUUCAGCUCCCGCUUUUGAAUUCAACCGCGCAGCUCGUAUCGCAUAUGAGGAGGCACUCCAACAAUGCUGAUACUGGAUUCUUCGCUAGUGUAGAACUCGGUGAGUACAUGAUGGUGAAAGCCGAAGCUCCAGCAGGCGAUACAGAGAAGAGUAAAGGAAAGAGUUCAGGUUUCAGAAGAAUUAAAAGCGCCGCGUUAGAAAUCGGGUGUCCACCUCCGAGCGUUUCGAAUCUAUCUCCUCAUCCUAAUAGUGCAGAAACUAUCGGCGGUCAGAUGUUGAAGAACCCGAAAAGUGCUGUUAUUCCACCACCUAGCAAAAGCUUAACUCGCGGUCCACAUUUAAAUCUGUAUCCGAAGAAUGAAUCGGGAGAAGGAUGUAGCUAUCCAUAUUUAACCUACGGUUCCGAAAUUGUGUACCCAAUCGCAGAAAUAUCUGAUGAAAUGCAAACGUCACAGAAAGAAACAGACCUGGACUCGAGCGGAGAGAGCUACAGUGAUUAUGAUGACGAGAAGCAAUUCCGGGGCUUCGACUGGGACGCCGAACAGUCGUCAGCGAUGCGCUCCAGUGAUUCGGAUUAUGAAAACAAUGGAUCCAGGUCGCCAUUGCUUGACAGGCCCUCAGACGUGCGAGUGGUGCGGAGCAAGACUCACGGGGACAGCAAGAAGCACUGCUGUGAGCGACACACAAACAAACAUAACUUGGACUGUCCCAACGACAAAAGCAAACCUACAAGACUGAAAAAGCUUCCCAAACACGAGCCACAAUACGAAGCUAAGCGUUCCGAAAGGGCAGCUCCUUGCUGCGAAUGUAAAACCAACAUCAACACUAACGUUGACUAUUUUGAAAAGGCCAGCGCUAGUUCCAAAGACUUAUUAAUAGAAAAAUCCAGUUUGGAGUCUAAUGAGGCACAAGAACCGCCCGAAAAAAAGGCGGAAGAUAAAAAAGUCGUUGAAAAGAAACUGUGGGACCACAAUAUCUGUAAUUCUAGCAGUAGUAGCGAUACUUACGUAGAGGGAGUUGCGAAAAUGUUUAAACCAGAAAAGAGCACCGCUCCCGAAACCGAGGAGUCGCAACUAACUUGCGACAGCAGCCGCAGCGCUGACGAGCGGAGCGUGUACAGCCUGGACUGGCUCUUCGAGGAGUCGGAUCUGGCCGCCGCCUGCAGCAAGGACGCAGGCGCCUGCGCGCUCGCAGAAGAUGUACUGAACCAAAAACUAGCCAACGCCCUCGGCGAAUCAUCUUCCAACGUUCCAAAAAACUUGGGCGCUAUACCAAAGCAGAUAAAAAACUUAGCGCGUUCGCGAGCUUCCUCGCAGAAGGAGAACAAGAAGAGAGAUUCUAAAAAAGAAAAAGAUGAGAAUCAAAAUGAAGAAGUUUCCUUCGACGCGGUGGAGGCUCAGGCUGCUUUGGUACAAGGGUUGGAAUGCUUGUUUGCGGCGACGAACGCCAACACCGUGGUGAUGCCGCCCACCAACCGGGACGAGCGGCCGCGUAGCCACAGGCAGAGCAUUCGGGGCGAGAGAGAGAAUUCGCACAAAACUAGAAAACGAUCCAUUGAAGAAGUAGCACAAACUUCUACCAACACCCUUCUUCCUACCUCCAUGCCUCUACUGGCAGCUUUCCUCAACUCCAGAGUGGACUUCGGGCCCUGCUGUGCACCAUCACACGCCACCAACGGUACUGAGGCAGCUCCGCCCCAGAACGCGCAGGCUGCAGAAGAAGCGCCGCGGUUUAGACCUCUAAUGGAUAGAAACCAUAGAAACCGGAUUAGAAAAAUUAAACGUUCAACUCGACAGCGAAAUAAUCCUUCUCAUCAGAGCAAUGCAAACAAAAGAAACAAGGCACCAGCUCCGGACAGCUCCAAUAACUCCAACAAUGUUCAUUUUGCGACGUCCUUCGACGACACGACGGAUGGGGCAAUACACUGCUUCAUGGAUGAGUACGGCAACUGGAUGUCAUACACCUUCGACAAAAACAGUUCAGGUCGUGCCCAAGCGCAACCGAUCCCUUUGCCGGAGAAGGAAGAUGGAAUGCGCAUAAACAGGGUUAAACCUAUUGAUAACCCCGACAACUCACAAGAAACUGCCGGUGAAGGUAGCUGUGGCUCUCUAGAAUCUGAAGCAGGCAACAGUGAAAGCAUACCCAAAACUAAACGAGGAGACAGCAUCGAUCAAAGCUCCUCCAACCAGGGGAGCAACAACCCGCUACUGUCGAGCAACAAUAACGUGUCGGCAGUGGUGCCUAUAAACACGAAUAAUGCCAACAAGCGGUUCUACGUGUUUGACGGAGGGACUGGUGCGCACGCCGACCAGCCCCGGUCCCCCGUGGCGUACGUCACUGAUAGUUUACUAGAACAAAUAGAGGCUGAAAGACAAUCGCGCAUGGGGCUACCGAGCAUGCAUAUAAACUUCCUCAUGAACCAGCAGAGGGCACAACAGAUGGCUCAGCAACAAGCUGAAAAUACAUACGCCAACAUACCGAGCCUGAUGCCCUCAAUAGGCGAGGAGAGCGUAGAAAUAAACCAUAGGAGUAAAUUCUCAAAAUUAAUGGACGAAAUGGAGAAGGCGAAUCAGCCGAAACCAAAGAGUUACUACAAGUUUAAACUUUCAAAAUGUUUCGAACUGAAGGUUACCAUGGAUAGGCUGCAGCUGAUGGCGUUGUUUGAUAGAAACUUGACGUUCAAGGAAACCUUCAUCACAAUAUUUCUGGCUGUGAUGGUGGCCGUAUUGGGUUCCAUGGUGUUGAACCUUGGCUUCUACAGGGAUAUAUACGCGUUUUGGUUUUGUUUCAUAAUGGCGGGCAGUCAGUACUCGCUACUAAAAAGUGUUCAGCCGGAUUCUGCGUCACCGGUGCAUGGCUUCAACAAGAUGGUGGUGUUCUCCCGUCCGGUCUACUUUUGCAUAUGCACGGCACUAUUGUGCGGGGUGCACAGUUAUUUAGAACAAACAGCGCCCUUUAUGGACGAGGACCACACGAGGCGGAAACGAAGCGUAGACGCCACAAACCCUAUAACUAUAUACGGAUUUGAAAUGAAUGAAAGAGAUUUUUUGCUCAUCAUUCAAGAGAUUCUAUCAAAGUUCCUGUUGUUUUUUCCUUUGGCGUUCAGUUUGGGGUUAUUCCCUCAAGUGAACACGUUCCUCAUGUACUUCUUGGAGCAGGUAGACAUGCACGUAUUCGGCGGUAACGCGACGAGCAGCCUGAGCGCGGCCGUGUACUGCGUGGUGCGCUCCCUGGCCGCCAUCGGGGUGCUGUACGGGUUCGCGUACAGCGGCCUCGUCGAGGGGAAGAAGUCCCAGCACCAGAAGCACAACAUUCUGUUCUCAAUAUUCUGCGGCCUCUUGGUGCCCAUAGCGUACCACUUGAGCCGCAGUGCCAGCGACUACACGCUGAUCUGGAACUUGAUAAAGAAACAUUUGUUACCGCCGGAGUUGUACGUGAUACAUAGUCCGGAGUGCUCCCCGGAGACCGACAAGUCGGACCCCAACACGCUGACCGAAGACAAAAAGAACAAUUCGGAGAGUAACAUAUCGAAACAGAAUUCAAUAGGUAGUUCAGCGUCUAAGAUCAACUUUAGUUCGGAGACGAAUAUUGCUAAGCAGAAGAGGUCUCAGACAUCGAGUGUUAGUUCCUUGAAGAUGGACCCUCGGGGAGGGGACACAAUGAACUCUACGAGUUCCUUGAAGGCUGACGUGCCUCCGGAGGACGAUAAGACUCAGGAUACGAGUACUACGAAUGUGAAGGCCGACUCUGAGAAGCCAGACGAGGACAUGGAGGACCCCCUGCCAAAGAAGUUGCAGGCGACAGUGAACGCGCGGCUCAAGAACGAUGUGAUCGUGUGCACGUUCCUGGGGCUGUUCGUGUUCGGGUUGCACUGCACCACUGUGUUCACCACGCUCAGACCACAACUUAACACGGCGCUGUGGAUAAUAGCGGGAUGCCUGGGCUGGGCGCUGCACUACAUAACCCCGCAGCUGCGCAAGCAACAGCCGUGGCUGUGCCUGGCCGGGCCCGUGCUCAAACAGCACGAACAUGCACAGUUCGAGGUCACCGAACCCGCGCGACUCAUGUGCUUCGAAAAGAUGUUCGUGUACCUGAGCUUCCUGGAGCGCAACGUGCUGUACCCGGCCGUGGUGGUGGCGGCCACGUCGCAGGACGCGCCCGCCAUCGCCACCAAGUACGGGGACGCCGUCGGCGCACUCAUCAUAUGCGUCUGCGCACUCAAAUGCCUAAGAAACGCGUAUUCGGAACCGGAAUCCCAGUACUUGAUCCUGGUGUUCGCAGUGCUUCUCUUCCAAAGGGACCUCAGCAGUCGCAAGAUAUCCGAGACAUUUCUAGUGGACUACUUCAUCACCGCUAUAAUCUUCAGUAAGGUCUACGAGUUCCUUCUAAAGGUGCAAUUCGUGGUGACAUACAUAGCGCCGUGGCAGAUCACGUGGGGGAGCGCGUUCCAUGCGUUCGCGCAACCAUUCUCCGUGCCUCACUCCGCCAUGUUGUUCCUGCAGGCCGCCGUCUCCGCUCUACUCUCCUCGCCGCUCACGCCUGCCCUCGGUAGUGCAAUAUUCAUGACAUCGUACGUGCGCCCCGUCAAGUUUUGGGAGCGCGACUACAACACGAAGAGAGUGGACCAGAGCAAUACGCGGCUAUCUUCUCAACUGGAGCGGAACUUAGGAGCUGACGAUAACAAUUUGAAUUCUAUAUUCUACGAGCACCUGACCCGGUCGCUACAGCACUUCCUCUGCGGAGACCUCAUGCUCGGCCGCUGGGGGCAGGUCCAGCAAGGAGACUGCUUCGUUUUAGCAUCAGACUACCUAAAUUGCUUGGUCCACAUAGUGGAGAUGGGCAAUGGACUGGUCUCCUUCCAGCUGAGGGGGCUCGAGUUCAGAGGGACCUACUGCCAACAGAGAGAGGUUGAGGCCAUCUCCGAAGGCCCUGAGGAGAGUAGCGGGCGUGUGUGGCGCGGGCGGGGCGUGGUGGUGCGGGGGGCGCGCGCUGUCGCUGGGCGCGGCGUGGGCGCUGCGCUGUUAGCAAUGAGUAGUGUGUGUGUGUGCAGAGGGCGUGUGUGGCGCGGGCGGGGCGUGGUGGUGCGGGGGGCGCGCGCUGUCGCUGGGCGCGGCGUGGGCGCUGCGCUGUUAGCAAUGAGUAGUGUGUGUGUGUGCAGAGGGCGUGUGUGGCGCGGGCGGGGCGUGGUGGUGCGGGGGGCGCGCGCUGUCGCUGGGCGCGGCGUGGGCGCUGCGCUGUUAGCAAUGAGUAGUGUGUGUGUGUGCAGAGGGCGUGUGUGGCGCGGGCGGGGCGUGGUGGUGCGGGGGGCGCGCGCUGUCGCUGGGCGCGGCGUGGGCGCUGCGCUGUUAGCAAUGAGUAGUGUGUGUGUGUGCAGAGGGCGUGUGUGGCGCGGGCGGGGCGUGGUGGUGCGGGGGGCGCGCGCUGUCGCUGGGCGCGGCGUGGGCGCUGCGCUGUUAGCAAUGAGUAGUGUGUGUGUGUGCAGAGGGCGUGUGUGGCGCGGGCGGGGCGUGGUGGUGCGGGGGGCGCGCGCUGUCGCUGGGCGCGGCGUGGGCGCUGCGCUGUUAGCAAUGAGUAGUGUGUAGGGCGUGUGUGGCGCGGGCGGGGCGUGGUGGUGCGGGGGGCGCGCGCUGUCGCUGGGCGCGGCGUGGGCGCUGCGCUGGCUGGCGUGGCAGCUGGUGGCGGCGCGCUAUGUGCUGGAGGGGUACUCCGUCUCCGACAACUCCGCCGUCUCCAUGCUGCAAGUCUUCGAGUUCCGGAAGGUGCUUCUCACAUACUACGUCAAGAGUAUAAUCUACUACACAAUCCAGUCAGCUAAGUUAGAAGAGUGGCUAUCAUCGCCUGUAAUAGCAGAGGCAUUGAAACCAAUGAACGAGAGGAAUUUCGUGGAUCUGGACCCCAUAUUCAAUGUCAACUUGGAUGAGGACUACGACUUUAGAGCUUCUGGUAUUACCAGGAGUCGUUUCUGCGCGGUGUACGGGGAGUGGAUCGCGUACUGUGGGGCGCGGCGUGGCGUAGGCUGGAGACGGCGCGGGGGCGCGGGUGGGAGCGCGGGGGGCGCGGGCCCGGGCGCCGCCCUCACCACGCUGUGCUUCGCGCUCAGUCUGCUCGGCCGCCGGGCGCUCGCCGCCGCGCAACAUCUCUCCGCAUCCAGCGUGGAGUUUUUCCUAUACGGCUUGCACUCGCUGUUCAAGGGAGACUUCCGCAUAACAUGCGCGCGCGACGAGUGGGUGUUCACCGAUAUGUCCUUACUGCACUCCGUACUGGCUCCCGCCAUACGAAUGGCCCUCAAACUCCACCAGGACCACUUUAUGUUUCCCGAGGAGUAUUGCAGUAGCUCAGCUCUGUACUGCGCCAUAGCGUCGCAUGCGCAGCGCCUCGUCAUCUGCCACGAGGCCGCCCCGGCCUGGCGGUACAACGUACUGCGCGGGGCGCCGCAUCUACUCGCGCUCAGACACGUGGUGGACGAGGGUAACGACGACUUCAAGAUAAUAAUGCUGAACAAACGGCAUCUAGGGUUCCGCGUCAUCAAACUGAACCGCGAGUGCGUCCGAGGCCUGUGGGCCGGCCAGCAACAGGAACUCGUUUACCUACGGAACAGAAACCCCGAGCGAGGGUCCAUACAGAAUGCUAAACAGGCCCUCCGCAACAUAAUAAACUCGUCGUGCGACCAGCCCAUCGGGUACCCCAUCUACGUGUCCCCGCUGACGACGUCGUACGCCGACACCUCCCCGCAGCUGUGCGAGCUGCUGGGCGGGCCCCUCACUGUCACCGCCAUACGCCAGCGCCUCGCCGCCGCGUGGAGACGGUAA